CUUGCGCUACUGAUGCGUGGCCAGCAAGCACCAACACACGCACACACCGCACUGUGCUCGUCCCGCACCACUUCCCUUGCGGAUGGCACCAUCUGUGCCGCUCCACCGUUGCAGCUCGUGCAACGUCUGUAGCGGAGCAUCGGGCGAAGAAACAGAAAAGAAUCAGGGACAGGAAAUGUGCCCAUUCCUGGAUCUGGAUAUGGAAGGAUGGAAACGUGCUUCUCCGCCCAGCCUACAUCGACGAUCCCACGUUUCUACAGAAUUGACGACGCCAAACCGGACUUUUCAAAGCAAGCUGCGUCCGCUCUGGUCAAGUCCGUGGAAGUGCAUACAUAUAGGUUGGUGUUGCGCCGGUCUCUCUCUGAUGGAUGUUUGAAACCGUGAGGCUCUGCCGGAUCUCACGCUCGCUUGAGCCGCUGUCGCUGGGAGGGAAAACACAAGUACCAGAGUGGGCUUGACAUCUUGUACAUUCGCUCACGCAGGCUCCGUCCCGCCUUACCUAUACCUCGUUGUCCAGCUUGUCUCCCACAGCCCUCAGCCUGAUCAUGUCGUUGCAACUUAUCAUCGUCUUGUCUGCGCUGGGACUCUCUCCAGUCGCUGCCCAGCAUUUCCCAGAAACUGUGGUUUCGCCCUCGUUUACUCGGCCGUCCUGGACCUGGACCUGGUCGCCGCCGUCCAGCUCCUAUGCUCAGCCGUCGUGGUCUGCCGAGACUCCCACGUGGACACCGACUGUUUACACCUCGGAAACUUGGUCGUCUGUCGCACCUUGGCCCUCUACAUACACCCCUUCUGUUUCAACCCCACCUUGGCCAGAAUAUUCCAGCUCUUGGGCUCCAGUUAGCUAUUCCUCACACUCCUGGUCCUCGGAGACUUCGCCGUGGUCCUCAUGGCCGACAACCAUUUACUCUCCGCACUCUUGGCCGUCAGAGAGUCCCACGUGGCAGUCAUGGCCGGCGAGUAAAUCCUGGUCCUCUGUUGCUUGGCCGUCCCCUUCUCCGAGCCUCCCGUCGUUGAACGACGCCCUCAUAGCCGCAGGCGCGGCCAAGUUUGCUGCUCUGAUCGCAUCCGACCCGGUCGUCUCCGCCGCCUACGCAGCCGGGGUACCGACCGUCUUUGCUCCGACUGACCAGUACAUCGGCAGCGGGGUGAAUGGGACAGGGCUGAGAAAGCGCGCCACCCUCACCCCGGCGCAGCAACAGCAGCUGCUCCUCCAUGCCACUCAGAGCCAGAGCGAGAUCAACGGCCUGCGCACCCCGCCCGGUGCAGUGGUGCCGACCAAAGACACCACGGCGAAUCUCAAAGGUUCGACGCAGAAGGUCGUCUCGAAGCCCAAGAACAACACCAAGACGACCUCGAGCAAACGGUGGGCCCCGACCAUCCUCCCCAGACAGGACAACACCAGCUCCUUGGACACGCUCGUGGACAUCUAUUCAGGACUCGGGGACUCGGUGGGCAUCUUGACCGCCGACAUUCCCUUUGCUGGCGGUCUGAUCCAUACUACUGACGGUCUUUUCACGCUGCCCGUUGCCUUAUCUGCGACCGCGCAGACCACCGGACAGACGACCUUCGUCUCCCUGGCCAGCGCCUCGAACCAAUCGUCAGUACUGGACGCGACGCCCCUCAUCACCGUCUUUAUCCCCACCAACCAGGCCUUCGCCGCCGCAAACAUCUCCCCGGCAUCCAGCGGCAUCCCGUCCAUCCUAGCGGGUCAUGUCGUGCAGGACUUUGCGGGCUACCUCCCCAGCUUCGGCAACGGCGCCAGCUUCGUCACACAGUCCGGCACCACCGUCACCGUCACCGUCCAGGGCGACGACUACUUUGUCAACAACGCCAAGAUUAUCGCGUCGAAUCUGAUCUUAGAGAACGGAGUGGCUCACGUUAUUGACACGGUCCUCACACCUCCUAUCGCGCCUUACACAGGCGCCAGCACGUCCAUUCAACAAGUGGGUGUCGCGAGGUCGCUUGUCCUCGCACUAGGCGUCGUCGUCGCCCUGGCGUUAACUUCGUGAAUCGGAUAGUCUCAGCCGUGAUAUUUUCAUACCCGUAGGACAGUGGUCGGUUUUCCUUGAGGUUUGGCUACCCGCUAGCUUGGUACGCAAUGCAGUCACGGGUUGUCUAGCGUAAUGAUCUAAUCCAGAUAAUGAGGUAUGAAGAACGAGGAACGAGGAAUGAACAGU